UGGAGGGCAGAGCGACUCGGGCUUUACAGGUAAACAUGCGUGUGGCUUUCAUUUAUUGCAUGGGACUGGCAGUUGGUAGACCGGGUACGAGCGCUCGACAGUAUUUCUAGCUCGAAGGCAGCUAUCAUGCCACUGCCAGAUGGAGGCGGGCUGUACAGCGUUAGCCUUCGCCUGCAGUCAGGGGAAGUGCAUUCAGUUUCAGUGUACAGCAAUGCUGGAGCACAAUUGGAUGAUGGGUCGUUAUCAAUAUCAUCUCUAUCAACCACAGGCAGCUCCUUCGAUUUCGACUUGGACUACGAGGAAUACGGCGUCGGAGUCUUCGCAUACACGAACCAAAAUAGUAUCAAUGUAUCCUACUCAGUCAGCGUGACACCGAACACAGCCUCCGCAACCUCAUCAGGCGCAACAUCUACAUCUACGUCUAAAAAGUCGAGUGCUACGGUGCUGACUUCAAGUUCAUGGCUUUGGUUUUGUUGUUAUGCUAUUCUUUGGGGUUUCCAUCUUCGAUAAUAUUCAAAGACGGAGGGCAUCUUCAGAAACCCGAGAGGUAUUCAGAUAGGAUGAAAGCGCGAAUUAGCACAUAUUGCCACUUGUCAAAUAGAGAC